AUGGCUUGGGGGAUUUCGUUCUUAUUUCUCUUCUUGUUCGUCGCUUUCAAUCUGGUGAGUGCUAAGAAAGUUUUAGAAGAUGGGUAUGAGGUUACUACAGUGGUCGAUGGUCACAAGUCUGGUCUGAAUCCACACACGAUUCAUGCUCUACCUGGAUCUUCUAAUCUGAUCAUCCUUGAUUAUUCCGGCAGCACUUUCUACACUACUUCCUUCCCUUUAUCCGUUGAUAGUGUGAUAAACCGGUUUGCGGGGGAUGGAAUACCCGGUCAUGUAGAUGGUAAAGCUGGCAACAGCCGGUUCAGCAAGCCCCGUGGUUUUGCCGUGGAUGCUAAAGGGAAUGUCUACGUUGCUGAUAAGAGUAAUAAAGCUAUACGCAAGAUCAGCUCUUCAGGUUAUGUAACCACCAUUGCUGGAGGAAUCUCAAAGGAAUAUGGACAUAGAGAUGGUCCUGCACAGAAUGCAACUUUCUCUAACGAUUUCGACAUAACUUUUGUCCCUCAAAGAUGUUGUUUACUUGUUUCCGAUCAUGGAAACGAAAUGGUUCGCCAGAUAAAUCUUAAGGAGGAGGAUUGUCUCGAAAGCUCUCAUUCUAAUUUAGGGGCAUACUCUCUUUGGUCAAUAGGGAUUGCACUUUCAUGCUUUCUCGGGGUAGCCAUUGGAAUCGCUGUUCGCCCUUACAUCAUUCGUCAUGAAGAAGUGAACCACCUCUCGUUGAUCAUGACAUGGAAGCUUCUCCUAAUCAAAUUGGGAGAACAAGUUCAGACCUUCUUCUCCUACAUUAGAAACCUAGUUGCUGGGUCAACCGGUUACUCGGUACUAAGUAGACUAGUUAUGAUGGUCGUAUCUCACCUUUCCCUCAUGUGUUCCGCAGUAAAUAGAUUAAUAAGUUCGAUGGUAUCUGGCCUUUUCUUCAUGUGUCAACCCAAGAGUGUAGCCAUUUUAGAUAAGACAGUCUCUUUCUCUGAUCCUGAUAGCCCAAGUUGCAGCAACCCAAAGCCUCCACUUUCACUGAAACCCUCUGGUGAUUUGGUGGACCUGAUAAGCUUUGAUGAUGCACAAGAACCUAACAAUGACAAAGAGUGCAAUAAUGAAGAGACAGACGCUGCUUUGUCUCUUCCUCGUACAACCAUAGAUGACAUUAUAAAGGUUCAGGUUGAAGGAUUUUCAAAGAUGGCGGAGGAAAACGCUGCAGCUCGUGGUUCUUCCUCAGCUGAGUAG